AGAGUGAAAUUUGGAGAUUCAGCAGUCAUUCUUGUAUCAAAUCGUCUUGUGGUCACCUUCCAGUUCGGACACCGGAACACAGUAGAGUGUUAAGUGGAAAAUAUUUUGAGAAAAAUCUUUCCCGUAAAUCAAAUUUCAAGUGAAAUAUAAAUUUGUUUGUGAAUUUUUAAAAUCUAAUCGAAUCUCAAGAUGACUACCUACUUCAACUACCCAUCCAAGGAACUCCAAGAGGAACUUAGCCGCAUCGCCAAGGCUAUUGUUGCUCCUGGCAAAGGAAUUCUCGCUGCUGAUGAAUCUGUUUCAACGAUGGGAAAACGUUUGGCUGACAUUGGACUUGAAAACACCGAUGAAUACCGUAGACAAUAUCGCCAACUUUUGUUCACCACUGAUGCCGUUGUUGCCGAAAACGUUUCUGGUGUCAUUCUUUUCCACGAGACCCUUUACCAAAAAGCCGAUGAUGGCACUCCCUUUGUUGAAUUGUUAAAAAAGAAGGGAAUUAUUCCUGGAAUCAAAGUCGACAAAGGUGUUGUUCCAUUGAUGGGCUCAGAGGAUGAAUGCACAACUCAAGGUCUUGAUGAUUUGGCAGCCCGUUGUGCUCAAUACAAAAAGGACGGUUGUGAUUUUGCUAAAUGGCGUUGCGUAUUGAAAAUUGGCAAGAACACACCAAGCUACCAAGCUAUUUUGGAAAAUGCUAAUGUUUUGGCUCGUUAUGCCUCAAUUUGCCAGUCACAACGUAUUGUCCCAAUUGUUGAACCUGAAGUCCUCCCUGAUGGUGAUCAUGACUUGGAUCGCGCCCAAAAGGUCACCGAGACUGUUUUGGCUGCUGUCUACAAGGCAUUGAACGAUCAUCAUGUCUACUUGGAAGGUACCUUAUUGAAACCAAACAUGGUUACAGCUGGUCAAAGUUGUCCAAAGAAGAACACUCCUGAAGAAGUUGCUUUGGCUACCGUAACCGCGUUGCGCCGUACAGUACCUGCUGCAGUUCCUGGAAUCACCUUCUUGUCCGGUGGUCAAUCCGAAGAGGAAGCUUCCGUUCACUUGAAUGCCAUCAAUCAAGUGUCACUUUUGAAACCAUGGGCACUAACCUUCUCCUACGGACGUGCCCUCCAGGCCUCUGUACUCCGCGCCUGGGGAGGAAAGAAGGAAAAUGUUCCAGCAGCCCAAACUGAACUCAUCAAGCGUGCUAGGGCCAACGGUCUUGCUUGUCAAGCUAAAUAUGUAGCUGGUUCCAUAAAGUCGUACGCCGCGGGGACCAGUCUAUUUGUUAAGUCACACGCCUAUUAAGAGGAAUAUUCUGCACGAAGCCGGACAUAUACACAAACAUGAUUCGGAAAACACACUACAAGUCAGAGUUUCCAAGAUAAUCAAUCCAACACGAGCUCUAUAAAUAAUAUAAUUUGAAAGUAACGAAAGAUACCAAAAAUUUGGAAAGUCAUGCCAACAAUGAAGUUAAAAACAGACAAAUUUAACCAAAUGCGGUUUAAUGCUGAAUUUUGGACCAGACAAAUAUGAAAAUUAUUUUUCUGACUUUUUAUUCAUCUCUUCAUGGAAAAUUGCGGAAAAAUCUAAGACUGAAUGGAAACUCGAAAAGAUUAUGUAAUUUGAAAUCAUCUGGCUCGGAUCGAUUUCUCCGGCUCAAUCCGUGACAAUGAAAGACUUCAAAAUUUGAAAAAAAAA